UAGUGAAUCAUCCAGUGUCUGAUCUGAUAAAUCACUAGUUCGUGCCUUUGACGGCUAACCAUCAAUUGGCUCCGCGUUCAAAACACAGUCGGUUUUCUCUCAUUAAAAAAAAAGUCAUUCGAUAUUUCAAUAAAUUGCCAAGUGAUCGGUCACGUGAUUAUAUCCGCAAGAAAUUUCGCGGUUGCCUGACAAAUUCGCGAUAGCGCGACUCGGAUGAUCGAUACGUGUUCAAUCGUCUUCACAGCGUGACUCAACGUCGCUCGAUUUCCACUCGCAAUUAUUCCUCCAAUUGUUUGUAGUCACCACAGAUUUUUUUGCCACGAGAUUCGAGAUUAUGAUCUCUCUCCAGUCUCACAAUCAGGUCUUAUACCAUCUGACGCAACUAGCAUUGACAGCGACUCCUAGAACAACUUCGUAUUCAGUCCAAGUUAAAAAACAGGAUGAAUCUUCACAAAAGAAUUCAGAAGAGACGACGAUUUGUCCUGAUAGUCUUGAGGAGGCAACGAGAAAUUGUACCGAAUUACCAGAAAUAAAUCUAAGUACUUCAAAUGUAUUAAGAAUGAAAGACAAUAAGAUUUGCUUAAUGCUGGAUAAUGUAGCAAUCGGUAUAUUUAGAAGACCUUUGGAAGAGAAUAAAUGGAGAGUGUCUUACUUAUCCGGUCUAAGUUUUGCCGAAAACAGACGAGACUUCCCAUGUUCGUCAUUCACAGAACCCAUUAUUCUACCUGUUAUUCACUUAGUGUCAAACCAGCAAUACAAAUUAUUACACACAUGGUAUGGCAAAAAGCUACAUAAUUAUAUGCCGAUUCGUACAUUCAAGUCUCAACGUCAUGUAAAAAAGGAAUUGGAGCAAAAUCCAUCGUUCAUGAACAGACUAAAAAACUGGCUUGGUUUAUCUUCUAAUCUACAAGUGCAGGGUUUAGUACAUGAUCUGAAGAGUUCGGACUAUGAGAAAUUGAAACAGAUCUUCAACAAUACUGAUGCGACAGCCGACGAACAGAAGAGAAUAAAAAUUGCUUUUGUAGAGGGAUAUGAAUCUGGAUUACAACGUCAGCGAAAUCGAACAAUGUGGCCAAAAAUCAUACAGAAUAUGUUAGCUGUCUUUGCAAUUGUUCUUCUAAUUGGACUUUAUCUCAGCUAUCCAGGAGGAGGAAUAUUCAAACUUCCUAUGAGUCACCGGAUUGAGAUCGAUCCAGAAGAUAUUCAUGUCACUUUUAAUGAUGUCAAAGGGGUAGACGAGGCAAAACAAGAGCUUUUGAAUGUAGUAGAAUUUUUGAAGAAUCCUGAUAAAUUUUCUGCUCUCGGCGGAAAGUUGCCGAAAGGAGUAUUAUUAGUUGGUCCACCAGGAACAGGAAAGACAUUAUUAGCGCGUGCAGUUGCUGGAGAAGCCGGUGUACCAUUCUUUCAUGUAGCAGGUCCUGAAUUUGAUGAGAUCCUUGUUGGUCAAGGUGCUCGACGUGUCAGAGAUUUGUUUAGAGCGGCGAAAGAAAAGGCGCCGUGUGUAGUGUUCAUUGAUGAAAUCGAUUCUGUGGGUGCACAAAGGACGAACUCUGUUCUUCAUCCUUAUGCGAAUCAGACAAUUAAUCAAUUACUUUCUGAAAUGGAUGGCUUUCGUCAGAAUGAAGGUGUCAUAGUUCUUGGUGCCACGAAUAGACGCAAAGAUCUUGACAAAGCGUUAAUGCGUCCUGGUCGUUUUGAUGUCGAGAUUUACGUUAAUAAACCUGAUUAUUUUGGCCGUAAGGAGAUAUUAGAUCUUUAUUUAUCUAGAAUAUUGACGCAUGAAGUUGAUACAGUUUAUUUGGCACGCUGUACUAGGGGAUUCACUGGAGCUGACCUAGAAAGUAUGGUGAAUCAAGCUGCAUUACGUGCAGCAAUUGACGAAGCAGAUUGCGUAACUAUGAAGCAUUUGGAAUAUGCUAGGGAUAAGAUAUUAAUGGGUCCAGAAGGCAAGCUAAAGUUACGUAACGAAGAAGAUAAUCGUAUUAUAGCCUAUCAUGAAGCAGGGCAUGCCUUAGUAGCAUUUUACACUAAAGAUGCUACGCCGCUUCAUAAGGUUACCAUUGUGCCACGAGGACCAAUGUUAGGCCAUACUUCUUAUAUGCAUGAAAAGGAUGUUCAUCAUGUCACAAAGUCACAAUUGUUAGCUAAUAUGGAUUCCAUGAUGGGGGGUAGAGCUGCUGAGGAGUUAAUAUUUGGUCCAGAAAAAGUAACGAUAGGAGCUGCUUCUGAUUUAGAGAAGGCAACAAAGAUAGCAGAGAAGAUGGUGAAGAUUUACGGAAUGUCGGAAAAAGCGGGAUUCAGGUCAAUAGUAGAGAAUAAGAAGCUUUUCGAUAACAGCAACACGUACGCGCCAAGCACGAACGAACUCAUCGACAAUGAAGUAAAGCGGCUUUUACAGGAAUCGUAUGAACGCGCAAAAGGAAUUUUAAAAAUGCAUGUCAAAGAACACAAACAGUUAGCAGAAGCAUUAUUGCAAUAUGAAACAUUGGAUGCAGAUGAUGUGGCUGCCAUAGUAAAUGAAACAGGAUUUAGUAAACGAGAAUCAUCUGCAGAUUCAAAGAGGCCGACGAAAUGAUUUUAAUCUAAGUGAUUACUUGAAAACAAGAAGUUUCUUCCUGGGUCUGCGUUCGUUUAAUAAAAAUUUGAGCGAUCCACUAUUUUCUUCAAAAAUGGAAAUUAACGAGGUUAUCAGCAGGGAAUUAAUUAUCGGUGAUUUCGUUUUCUUUUUAUGUUCGGGAUCUGCAAUCGAAGAUUCGCAAAGUGCCCAACGAGUAUGAAAAUAUAUUGGAAAUAU